UAUCAUGUACCAAAUUUCAUUGAAUUAUCUUUAAAAUUUUGACCUGUAGUUUGAUUACAAGGUUUACAUGUACGGAAGGCUAAAUCGACUCAGAAAAUUAUUUUGAGCCGAUAGGUAUACUUUAAUACCUAUAUAUGGGUAUAGGACCAAUAUUAUUGUGCGUUACAAAUAUCAGCACAGAACAAAUACAAAGUGAAUCAACUUUUCGUGUAACACAAAAAAAUAUACAAAUGUAAUUUCAUUUUACUUUUUCAUUAGAUUUUACGUGUGAUCGUGUGGAGUGCCCUUGAUUGCGACAAAAGUUGUUGAUUUAUAGAAUCCAAAUAGAAAUGGAUUUAUAACUUAAGUACAGAAAAAAGAGGCCCCUGCAUUACAAAGAUUACAAAAAUCGUAACUGUUUUAAUAAUUCAGAAAAUCGAGCCAUUUAAGGAAUGAAUGUAUUAAGUAUUACAAAAAAAGGAAUACAUUUACACAUAAAACAGCUGGGUUUUGCUGUAAAUUUAUUUGUCAUCCCUUUCGUACACGUAUAGAGAAAAACUUAAGAGUCCUUCCUUGUUGUGAGCAUUUGAGUUUGUUCUUCGGUAGUGUGUGUGUGUGUAUUUUUAAAUGAAACAAUGUGAAAACGGUCUGAUACUAAAAUACACAGUACAAAAAGAGAUAUUGUACAACAAUAAAUUCAGUUUAUUCAGACGCUUCGUUAGAUAUAGACUUGUGUUGUGUGUUUGCUCUAUUAAAUAGCUCUGCUUACGAUAUUUUUGUAUUCGGGUCGUAACCAUUUUUGUAAAAUAGAAAGAAACAACAACAAAAAAAAACAACCAUCACUUACUAACCGACCUGCGGUAAUGAUAAACGCGAUAAUAGUUUUAACGUUUUAACUAUAAUAAAAAUUUUAAUUUAAACAAAAAAAAAAAAUAAUACAAAUAAAACAUAAAGCCAAUCUGUGUGUCAGUUUGUUUGACUUUUCUAAUAUAAACAUUGGAUCGGUAUAUCUACAUACACACAUACAUGUACAUACAUAUGUAUGUAGAUAUGUUCUCUGUAUAAAGAUACCACAGCAAACAUCAUUAUUUUUACCUUUUAUGCAAAGAAUUUCAAAAUAAAUGUGAUUUUUUUAAAAAAACACAAAAAAAUAAAACAUAAAAGUAAAAGAAACAAGUUAAACUUCUCUCAAAAAUAACAAGUACUUAAAACGUAACAAAAAAAGAAGUAAAUUCAAACUGUGGCGAUGUCCGAAUCAACGGAAUCGCCAGGAAAACAACAAAAGGCAACGCAACGACGCCAGUUGCGUGAACGAAAGGAACGUAAACAAUAUUUAGAAGAAUGGGGCUUAGGUGAUGAGGAUUUGGAGGGUGCAAGAGGUUUUAGUGUUGCUGAAAAGCUGGAAUCAGCUAAAUUUGCACAAACUGGAAUGGUACGCGAAAUGCGUGGUAGUGAUUUAAAUGUCGCUUUCUUGCAACAGUAUGGCUUUAAUAUACCACUAUUAUUUCGCGACAAAACUGGUUUGGGCUUACGUAUGCCAGAUCCUAAUGAGUUUACAAUAAACGAUGUACGUUUAUGUGUUGGUUCACGUCGCAUACUAGAUGUUAUGGAUGUUAAUACACAGAAAAAUCUACAAAUGACCAUGAAAGAAUGGCAACAGUAUUAUGAUAAUCCACAAAAAGAUCGUUUACUUAACGUUAUAUCGUUGGAAUUUUCUCAUACGCGUCUCGAUAGCUACAUACAAAGUCCCGAUAUUGUUAGACAAAUCGAUUGGGUUGAUGUUGUGUGGCCUAAAAGUCUGAAGGAUGCUCAAAGGGAGGGUACAAAUCUUUUGGGUAAUAUGAUGUAUCCAAAAGUUCAAAAGUAUUGCCUGAUGUCGGUUAAGAACUGUUAUACAGAUUUUCACAUUGAUUUCGGUGGUACAUCUGUGUGGUAUCACAUACUAAAGGGCAGCAAAGUAUUUUGGUUAAUACCUCCAACUGAAAAGAAUUUACAGCUAUAUGAAAAAUGGGUUUUAUCGGGCAAACAAGCCGAUAUUUUCUUUGGUGAUACGGUGGAAAAGUGUGCUCGUGUAUAUCUAACGGCUGGCAAUACAUUCUUUAUACCCACUGGUUGGAUACAUGCUGUGUAUACACCAACUGACUCUUUAGUAUUUGGUGGAAAUUUCUUGCAUUCUUUCGGCAUUGUUAAGCAAUUGAAAACGGCACAGGUUGAAGAUGCCACAAAGGUACCGCAAAAGUUUCGUUAUCCCUUCUUUACGGAAAUGUUAUGGUAUGUUUUGGCACGCUACGUUUACGUACUGCUAGGGCAUUCACAUUUGGAGGGGGAACCAUCUAUUGAUGAGAAUGAAAUGGCCUCAAGACCUCACAUUCACCUUACCCAUUAUGAGCUGUUUGGUCUUAAAGAAAUUGUCAUGUAUUUAUAUGAUUUACCACCGAAUAAAAAGAAUGUCCCCGAACUGGUACGUGAUCCGGUAGCAUUAAUAAAGGACGUACGCACCUUGGUAGAGAGACAUUGUAAAGAUAAACCCGACAUGGCCAUAACUGGUGAAUCUGUGUUAAAACCUCCCGGCUUAAUGCAUCCCAUAUUUCAAGAGUAUGAUCGUGCACGUGUAAAGCAAGAAAUUAAACAAGAGAUAGCCAGAAAAAAUGCCGAAAUUAUACGGGAACAACAGCAAAUGAAUCGAGAACAGCAGGCUGCAGAUUCCUUAAAUACCACUCCCACCACACAUUUAGCAUUUAGCGGUACAACAACAGUAACCACAGAUAAUGGUAUCACCAUUAAAAAGGAACCUAUAGAAAAUGGUAAUAUCCAACCGUCAGUACAACAGCAACAGGAGCAGCAGCAGCAACAACAACAACAACAACAGCAACAGCCUACAUUUGUUUCGCCCACAGAUAAUAUUAAAUAUCGACCUCCAAAGAAAAUGCAUUUGGCUAAUGCUGUGGCAGCUGCUGCCAACAAUAAUAUCAACAAUAACAACAACACCAACAAUAACAAUGCCGUUAGCGUCAUAGCAUCUUGUUCUAGUUACAAUUCUGUACACACACAAAUUCUGCCUCCUAUACAAACAUCACAUGCUCCCAGCAGCAGUUCAACUGAUAAUUGUCAUUCUCCUGGCGAAUCAUCAAAGAUAUCACCAAAUGUUACCGGCUUAGGUCAACCACGUCGAAGACGCACCCGUUGUAAAAAUUGUGCUGCUUGUCAAAGAUCCGAUUGUGGUGAAUGCAGCUUCUGUUUAGAUAUGGUCAAAUUUGGUGGACCCGGUAGAGCUAAACAAACAUGCAUGAUGCGUCAAUGCUUGUCACCCAUGCUACCCGUUACAGCUCAAUGUGUAUUUUGUCAUUUAGAUGGUUGGCGCCAAACGCCCGUUUCACCACAAACUAAACAAUUAGCCUCCAUAGAUGGUCCAUCAUCAUUGAUGGAAUGUUCGGUUUGCUAUGAAAUUGCUCAUCCAGAUUGUGCCCUCUCCUCCCUAGAUGGUACCGAAUAUGCAGCCGAUGCUAAGGGUAUAGUUAAUGAGGAUUUGCCAAACAGUUGGGAAUGUCCCAGUUGUUGUAAAUCGGGGAAAAAUAAUGAUUAUAAGCCUCGUCAUUUUCGUGCUCGUCAAAAAUCUUCUGAAGUUCGCAGAGUUUCGGUGGGAGGUGUUAAUAUAGGCAACAGUGGUGAACAUUUGGAUGGUCAUUUAUCAACAAAUAUACCGCAAUACAAUGAAUUUGUAUUCACCAGUGAAUCGGAAAUGGAAACAAGCUCCACUAAUACCAACAACUGGAAACAUGGUAUUAAACGUCAUAUACCUUUGGAUGUGAAAACCGAACGAAACUAUGAUACUCCUUCGCCCGGCAUAUCCCCAACGGCUGGCGAUAAAGUUAAACGACGUAAAAGUGAUGAUGGUUUAAGUAUGUGCAGCAGCAUGCAAGAUAGCAUAGAUGCCAAUGCUUCCAUUGAUUGCAAUAUAACUGGUAUUGGAGGUGGUGCAGGUGGCGGCGGUGCGACAGGAGGACAAGGUUCACGUAAAAAGAAUUCAAUAAGAUCUCAACUAGCUCAACAAAUGUUGAAUUCUUCGACAAGGGUUCUCAAAAAACCAUCAUAUGUUGUUAGACCGGGUGGUCACUCGGGCUACGGCAGUAGUCAUGCAGCUCCAAAUUUGGCUUUAGAUGCGACACUUUUGAAAAUUAUAUUCCGCUAUUUACCACAAGAAACUUUGGUAACCUGUUGUUCGGUUUGUAAGGUGUGGUCGAAUGUUGCCGUAGAUCCGGAUUUGUGGAAAACAAUGAACUGUGCUGAAAUGAAACUAUCUGCUUCGCUUCUAACCGCCAUUGUUAGACGACAACCGGAACAUUUAAUCUUAGAUUGGACUCAAAUCGCUAAAAGACAAUUGGCUUGGGUUAUAGCUCGUCUACCGGCGCUCAAGAAUCUCUCUCUACAAAAUUGUCCCAUACAAGCUGUUUUAGCUUUACACACCUGCCUUUGCCCUCCUCUACAAAUACUAGAUUUAAGUUUUGUGCGUGGUCUUAAUGAUGCGGCCAUACGCGAUAUUCUAUCACCGCCCAAAGACUCAAGACCCGGUCUAACCGAUUCAAAAACCCGUUUAAGAGAUUUAAAAACCUUAAGAAUAGCUGGCACCGAUAUUUCCGAUGUAGCAUUGCGCUAUAUAACACAGUCAUUACCACAUUUAAUACAUUUAGAUGUAUCUUCUUGCCAGCGUAUAACCGAUGCUGGUGUGGCUCAAAUAGGUACUUCACCAACGGCCAUUGCAAAUUUGGUAGAAUUAAAUUUAAGUGCUUGCCGUUUGGUAUCCGAACUAUCAUUGGAUCAUUUAGCUAAAUGUGAUCAAUUGGUGUGGUUAGAUCUGAGGCAUGUACCGCAAGUAUCAACACAGGCAGUUAUAAAAUUUGCUGCCAAAUCGAAACAUGAUUUGUGUGUUAAAGAUAUAAAACUAGUUGAAAAGCGCAAAAUACCUCAAACGCCACUUUCUUCGGGAGGCGCUAGCAGCACAUUCUCCACCUCAACGACACCCAUUUCAUCAGCUGCUGGUUCAGCAAGUAUUUGGAAUGAAUAAAAUCUAUCUAAUGCAAUAUAAAUCUUAAUAAGGCACCGUGUUUUUUUGAAUUAAAUUUAAAGAAAUAACCAAAGAUUUUAAAACAUUUUAAAGAAUUUCAUUCAUCAGUUGUAGUUGUAUAAAGGAUAAAAUUUAACAAAACACAUACAUACACACAAAAUACGCAAAUUAUCGAAUAGAUAUAAAAAAGUAUGAUGUACUAUAUCUUUAUGAAAAAGCAUUCCCCUUUUAUGAUCUUUUAAAUAGCUUUAACAUUUAAGCUCAGUUAAAAUUAUUAAAAAUUUAACAAACACACACAAACAUUAAAACAAUACAGAAAAAAAACAUAUAACAAAUUGCAAAUAUAUAAAUAUAUAUUUAUAAUAAUUAUUAUUAUAAAUUCUAAAGUUAACGAUAAUAUUACUAUAAUAUUUAUCGUAACACUUUUUGUUCUCCUCAAUUGUAAUUAAGUUAUAUUAUAAAACAAAAUGAAUAAACAUUAAAAAAAUAUAAAAAAAAUAAAACAUUCGCACAUUUUUAGUGUCAUAUUUGAAAUUUUAUAAAUUUUAAAUUAUCAUGCAACUCAAAUAAUGUACCAUAUAGGUAUGUAGUAUUAACUAAAAAGAAAAUUAAGUAAUAUAUACAUACAGACAGAUGCAAUUAUAAGAAUUAUUUGAAAAAUAAAUAAAAAAAAAUAAUCAUAUACAUGCAUACAUAAAUAAAAGUAUAAAUAAAA